GAAUCACAUUCCUCCGUAUGGAGAUCCUUUGGAUCCAAAAUGCUUGGAAGAACCCAACACCAGUUCCUUGGAGAAUAUCAACAGCCACGUCAUCCAUACUUUUCCGGGCAGUACAUUGAAAAUAAUCAUGAUCCAUUUAUGCCAUAUCCACGAAGUUCAGUGUUGCAUCAGGCUUCUUGUUCUUGCAUUCAUUGUUAUGAGAAACAUCAACGAGUUCCAGCACCUAUUCAUCCCGGUUCAUUUGGCAAUAAAAGGUUCCAUGAUGUGCCUGGUAACCCAUUAUACCAUAUUGACAACCCUGGGUCUUUUGGUUCGCGUUUCUAUAGUUCGAGGACUACAGUUGCCCCAUCGAAUGUGGGUACACAAGCUUAUGCUAGAUGGCCCAGUGAUAUUAACUCGGAAAUAGAUGGUUUUGUUCGUUGCUGUCCCCAGAGGGUGGUGUUAGCCAGUGGCGGGCACCAUAUUCGUCCUAUGGCUGGUGGUGCUCCGUUUAUAACAUGUUAUAAUUGCUUUGAAUUGCUACAAGUGCCCAAGAAAGUGCAGCUCAUGGAAAACAAUGAACAUAAAUUGCGGUGUGGAGCCUGUUCAACUGUGAUAAACUUUACCGUCACCAACAAGAAGAUCAUUCUUUGUGAUCAAGCAGAAACAAAGGGAAUUUCUGUAGAUGAUAACUCUAAUGAAGGCUGUGUUAACCGAGUCGCUACUCACUUCUCCUCCGAUGACUAUGAUCUAUCAGGUUAUGAUUUUCAGCCAAUGGACAGAGAACCUGUGGCAGUGUCAACUGGCCAGGCUUUGAAGUCGGUCAGAUCUCAGGAAAUGCAAAGCUUCCACUCUUCAUCUCCAAGCAACUCCGAGGACGAAAACAGUCCAGAUGUUUUAAUUGCUUCAAGAGACGAAGUAAAUUCUGUUCCACAGCCAACAAAAUCUACUUUGUCUCCAUCGCCUGCAGAGUCGCCUCUUCAAGAACAUUUUGAUUACUCUUCUACCAAUCAUGUAGCCAACCGAUUCGGGAAGGGAAAUUGUAGUAGCCGCUCUUAUCAAGAGAAAGUUGUGUCAAACAAGGGUACCACACGACAAAAUUCUUUAAAAGAGGCAUUGCCUACUGAGAUGGAGGUGUCAUUCAACGAGUACUCUAAUACUGGGAUUUCUCAAGAUUCAGGGGAUGCAACAAGAGAAGAUCAACCAAAGAUGGCAAGAGGAGGUGAAUCGUUUUUUGCAAAUAUUAUCAAGAAGAGUUUUAAGGAUUUCUCAAGAUUUAAUCAAACCGAGGAACGUGCGAAAAGUAAUAUUUCAGUUAACGGUCACCCUCUUCCUGAGCGUGUGGUUAAAAAAGCCGAGAAGAUGACUGGAACAAUUCUUCCUGGACAGUAUUGGUAUGAUUUCCGAGCUGGAUUCUGGGGUGUUCUUGGCGGGUCUUGUCUCGGCAUAGUUCCGCCUUUUAUCGAAGAACUUAAUUACCCAAUGCCGGAAAAUUGUUCUGGUGGGACCACCGGUGUUUUAGUAAACGGGAGAGAGCUCCAUCAGAAAGAUUUAGAUUUGCUUGCUAGUAGAGGGCUUCCGACGGACAGAGAUCGAUCUUACAUCAUUGAGAUAACGGGCAGAGUUCUGGAUGAGGACACUGGUGAAGAGCUAGAUAGCCUUGGCAAACUUGCCCCAACUGUCGAGAAAGCGAAGCACGGUUUUGGCAUGAAAGUUCCAAGAUCAACUGCAUAAAGAAUUUGUAAUGAUCACGGGCUCACAGCAGAAAUAGUCGUCGCGUUAAACCGUCCGAAGUCUGAAUGAACGUUUCUGAUAUAUUUGGUAUUUCACCCGGUGUUUGGUAGGACACAUUCUAAAUUUAUUGCGUUCUCUAGGCUGCAAUUUGUAUAUGCAAAUUAUGUGAAUUUAUUAACUGGCAAAAAGAAUAUUGUUAUGGCCAGAGG